GGUAUAGCUAGGGCUCAGUUAGUUCGAAUUCCUUCCGUUUCUGCUCUUUCCGUCGCUCUCUUCACCGUCGAAGACGAUCACUGUCUGCAUCUCUCUAGCACACAAAAUGCUAACAGCAGAUAUACCUCCCAACCAAACUAUUUACAUCAAAAACCUUAACGAGAAGGUCAAAAAAGAAGAAUUGAAGCGCUCGCUCUACUGUUUAUUCUCUCAAUAUGGACGAAUUUUGGAUGUUGUUGCCUUGAAAACGCCUCGGCUUCGCGGCCAAGCCUGGGUUUGUUUCAGUGAAGUUAUGGCUGCUAGUAAUUCUGUUCGCCAAAUGCAGGGGUUCCCUUUUUAUGACAAACCUAUGCGGAUUCAGUAUGCAAAGACAAAGUCUGAUUGCCUUGUAGAGGCAGAAGGAAUCUAUGAUCCAAAUGCAAAGAAGAAGAAGCAACAAGAAGAAAAAGCUGAGCGAAAGAAACGUGCUGACGAAGCUCAACAAUCUGCUACAGCUAAUGGAACUUCUGAGAAUAACAAGGGCAUGGCUUCUAUGCGACAAGGAAACCGGGGUGAACAAGAAACUGCUCCACCAAAUAAUAUAUUAUUUAUCCAGAAUUUGCCACAUGAAACCACUAGCAUGAUGUUGCAAGUGCUCUUCCAACAAUACCCGGGAUUCAGAGAAGUCAGAAUGAUAGAAGCAAAGCCAGGUAUUGCAUUCGUAGAAUUCGAAGAUGAUGUGCAGUCCUCCAUGGCAAUGCAGGCCCUUCAAGGUUUCAAAAUUACUCCUCAAAAUCCUAUGGCUAUUUCUUAUGCGAAGAAGUAAUUGACCCUUAUUUUACUUCUUCUCCCAUCAUAUUUGUACUAAAGAUUUGUAGAUUGGAAAGUUUCACACCUUGGUGGUCGUAAAGUUUUAAGAAAACUAAAUGCGGAAGUUUUGUCUUUGUAAUUUACAUGUUCAAUGGAACAUUAUAAUUCAAAUGAGAAUAUGCUA